GCCGCGCUGCAGGGUCGGGGCGCUGGGGCUGGGCAGGGCGGGCGGCGGUAUUUAUUGCUAAGUUAUUGCCCGGGCGGGCCGGGUGUGCGUUAUUUAUUGCUGUACAGAGUGUCCGUCCGCGGCCGCGGCCGCCGCUGUUUUGUACGUGACAAUAAACCGCUUUCAAACAGCCGCCGCCUGGCGCUUCCUUGGGGCGCGGUGCACCGUGGCGCGGGGGGACGCUGUCGCGGGCGGGUCGGCGCUGCCGGAAGUGGCUGCUGGCCGCUCUCGCCGGUUAACGGAAGCGGCUCUGGGGUGGGGCGGCCGGCAGCGGAAGCGCGGCGCUUCCGGGGUGAUGGCGGCCGGCGGCAGCCUCAGCCGCUCGGAGCGGAAAGCGGCGGCGCGGGCCGAGAUCCUUCUGCAAGAGGAGCAGCGGGACCGGCGGAGACAGGUGUCCCGCAUCUGGAGGAAGCCGCCGGCGGAGCGGAGCCCCGAGGAGUGCCAGGUGCUGAGUGAGAGCGAGGACAUCGUCCGGGAGCUGGAGAGGCGCCGCAAGCGGCGGGAGCGGCUGCGCCGGCGGCAAGAGGAGGUAUGUGAUGAACCAGAAGAGUUAAAGAGAAAGGUCACUGAGUUGGCCACUGCUGUCCAGAAUGCCAAGCACCUUGUCAUCUAUACAGGAGCUGGGAUCAGUACGGCAGCUUCAAUCCCUGACUACAGAGGCCCUAAUGGCAUAUGGACGUUGCUGCAGAAGGGCAGGAGCAUCAGGGCUACAGAUCUGAGUGAGGCAGAGCCCACACUCACCCACAUGAGCAUCGCCUGCCUGCACAAGCACAACCUGGUGCAGCAUGUGGUGUCUCAAAACUGUGAUGGGCUGCACCUGCGGAGUGGGUUACCCCGAGCAGCAAUAUCUGAGCUUCAUGGAAACAUGUACAUAGAGGUCUGCACUUCCUGCACACCAAACAGAGAGUAUGUGCGAGUAUUCGACGUGACGGAGCGCACAGCCCUGCACCGGCAUCACACGGGCAGGAUGUGCCACAAGUGUGGGGCACAAUUGAGAGAUACAAUCGUCCACUUUGGGGAGAAGGGGACAUUGAGACAGCCCCUGAACUGGGAAGCAGCAACAGAAGCUGCAAGCAAAGCAGAUGUGAUUCUUUGUCUGGGUUCCAGCUUAAAGGUUUUGAAAAAAUACCCUCGCCUCUGGUGCAUGAGCAAGCCACCCACACGUCGUCCAAAGCUCUACAUAGUGAACCUGCAGGUGAGAGCCUUUUGCAAGGGAUUUGGCUGGUUUGGGCUAAACAACACCGGUCUGUGAUGCAUCCAUCCACUCUGCAGC